UUUGUCUCCACAGGCGUCCGCGGGCGGAAGUGCGGCCGCGCCAUGAGCGACAUCCGCCACUCGCUGCUGCGCCGCGACGCGCUGAGCGCCGCCAAGGAGGUGCUGUACCACCUGGACAUCUACUUCAGCAGCCAGCUGCAGAGCGCGCCGCUGCCCAUGGUGGACAAGGGCCCCGUGGAGCUGCUGGAGGAGUUCGUGUUCCAGGUGCCCAAGGAGCGCGGCGCGCAGCCCAAGAGGCUGAAUUCGCUGCAGGAGCUGCAGCUCCUCGAAGUCAUGUGCAGCUACUUCCAGGAGCAGACCAAGGACUCCGUGCGCCAGAUCGUCUUCACCUCCCUCUUCAGCCCUCAGGGGAACAAGGCCGACGACAGCCGCAUGAGCCUGCUGGGCAAACUGGUCUCCAUGGCCGUGGCCGUGUGCCGGGUCCCGGUGCUGGAGUGCGCAGCCUCCUGGCUCCAGCGAACGCCGGUGGUCUACUGUGUGAGGCUGGCCAAGGCCCUGGUGGACGACUACUGCUGCCUGGUGCCGGGCUCCGUGCAGACGCUGAAGCAGGUGUUCAGUGCCAGCCCUCGCUUCUGCUGCCAGUUCAUCACGUCCGUCACCGCUCUCUACGACCUGUCCUCAGAUGACCUCGUCCCACCCAUGGACUUGCUUGAAAUGAUUGUCAGCUGGAUUUUUGAGGACCCGAGGUUGAUUCUCAUCACCUUUUUAAAUACCCCGAUCGCAGCCAAUCUGCCCAUAGGAUUUUUAGAGCUGACCCCGCUCAUCGGGUUGAUCCGCUGGUGCGUGAAGGCCCCGCUGGCUUACAAAAGGAAGCGGAAGCCCUCCCUGCCCAACGGCCACGUCAGCAGCAAGGCUGCCAAGGACUCGGGCGCAGGCAUGGACAGAGACUGCCACCUCUUGUACUCGAAGCUGCACCUGAGUGUCCUGCAGGUGCUCCUGACGCUGCAGCUGCACCUGACGGAGAAGAACCUGUACGGGCGCCUGGGGCUCAUCCUCUUCGACCACAUGGUCCCGCUCGUGGAGGAGGUCAGCAGACUGGCCGACGAACUGAACCCCCUCAACGCCUCCCAGGAGAUCGAGCUCGCGCUGGACCGGCUGGCGCAGGCUCUGCAGGUGGCCAUGGCCUCCGGAGCGCUGCUGUGCACGCGAGAUGACCUGAGGACCCUCUGCUCCAGGCUGCCCCACAACAACCUGCUCCAGCUGGUCAUCUCGGGCCCAGUGCAGCAGUCACCGCACACGGCGCUGCCCCCUGGCUUCUACCCUCACAUCCACACGCCCCCGCUGGGCUAUGGGGCCGUGCCCGCCCACCCCGCUGCCCACCCUGGCCUUCCCACGCACCCCGGGCACACCUUCAUCUCAGGUGUGACAUUUCCAUUCAGGCCCAUCCGCUGAGGUGGACCCCGAGAGCCGCCAGGCGGCAGCGUGCCUUCUGUGCCUGGGUCGGAGGAAGCUUCCGGAGAAAGGGGAGGACCAAGCCCACAGAAGAUGACCUUAGGGGGCAGCCAGGUGGGCCCUCCUCGCCAGCAGAACUGCCUUGGCGCACAGCUUCCGAGCUGCCAGGUGCCUCCUACCUGGUGGCGGGGCAAGAAUCCAGAUGAGACGGGUGGAGGAAGUGCAAAGCCCUUGGCACUGACGCCGAGUCUGUGGGCCUGUGCUCAGACACACUCUGAGCCUGUGCCACGAGGAGUGCUGGCACAAGCAGCCGCCUCGGGAAUGCCACACGUCCCUGCCAGGAACACCGGCGCCGUCUGCGGCCCCCGAGCUCAGAGCUGGAGCCCCGGCGCCGCUCAGGGACACCCGUCGGGAUUUCCCCAUCACCUGUGGAAGGAACUGCUCUGUUUUAUUGGAGGUCUCUAAAUUCUCCUUUCAUAUGUUCAAAUAAAUUUUUCUAAACGGUU